AUGAUUUCCACCCUCGAGCGAUUCUACGAUCCUGUCACUGGACACAUGAACAUGAAUGUUAAUGGUGUCUAUAUCGACAGCAUGAACCCGUGGCUUUUCCGCGAAUACGUUGCACUCGUGCAACAAGGGCCUGUCCUCUAUCCAGGAGCCAUUCGACACAACAUCUCAAUGGGUGUUAACAUCUGCACUGAGACUUCUCUCAGUGACCAGAACGAUAUUCAGCACGCGGCCAACCCCGAAGGUCACCGGUACCGCGCCCGGGAAGUCUUGCGCAGUAUGGCCCCGCACGCUGUUGGAUCGUACCUUGGCGACGCGGACUCCCAGGAGAGGCUAACCAAGUUUUGGGCCGAUCCCAACGCGGGCAGGCUCAUGGAGGUUCGCCGCAAAUGGGACCCGGAUGGGGUGGUUGCCGGCUAUUUGGACGCUGGCGAUGGCAGUGGCACGAGUGGUCUUUCAAACAAGCAUGACUGGGAAAACUUUCUCAACUACAUCCGAGCGUUCAACGCCAAAGACUACGCCAAACAACAUGCUUUCUACUCGGAACACAUCGAGCUCAAAGUCCCCGACAAUCGAGUUCCCGCCCUCGUCGGCAAGUCGGCCAUCAUGGAGCAUUAUCGGCCCCUGCACGCCGCCGCCGACGAAACCGUGGUUCCCCUGGUCGUCAUGUGCGACCGCGGCAGGAUCUUCUUGUUCAUGGAAACCUACUUCAAAUACAAGACGGCUACCGCGGCUGGGAUUGGGGAGUUUGACCUGCUGCCCGACGAUGUGGUCAAGGUCGAGUGCUUUGCGUUGUACGACCUGGACGAUGGGAACAAAAUGAAUUGCAUCACCUGCCACCUCAUCAACGUCCAGAAGCUGGGACGGGUGGACUUGAUGGAGCAGAUUAGGGAUAGCGAGACUCGUGCAGAUGCAGAUCUCAGACUCUACAACUAUCCAUAG